AUGGCGACUAGUGCUUCAGGUCACUGUGUGAUUAGCAGUCACAUUAGAUAUCCAGUUCCUCCACACAGAUUGUGGGAUACAGCCUUCUGUAAAAUGGAAAACAUUGGUUCGUGGAACAGUUGCCUGAACAGGCUGCGUUUCUACUUGCUAAAAAUGAAUGGGAACAAAAUUAACAACAGAGAAUAUCGUUGUGGUUCAGAAGUGCCAGUGGAGAGAUCUCUAAACUUUGCUGCCAAGAAAUCAUAUAGCUGUGACUCACUGGUCCAAGACACUUUUUCUGUAUACUUAUACUUUGCUUCCCAGUUACCUGAUGUUCAUUGGUCAGAGCAUUUCUUUUUCCUACAGUUAUUGAAGAACUAUCACAAGUGGAGAGCUGAAUGCCCAGAAAUAACUGCAGAUUUACAGCCAUCUUCUAUUCUUAAUCUCCUGCGUGCUGGUUACCAUGGAGUUCUGCGAUCGAGAGACCCACAUGGCAGCAGAGUUCUGAUUUAUAGGAUUGGACAAUGGGAUCCCAAGAUGUUUACAGCAUAUGAUGUGUUUCGCGUAAGUCUUAUCACAUCAGAGCUCAUCGUAAAGGAGACAGAGACACAGCAGAAUGGAGUCAAGGCAAUUUUUGAUCUUCAAGGGUGGCGAUUUGCUCAUGCAUUUCAAAUCUGUCCGACAGUGGCCAGGAGGAUUGCUGCUGUGGUCACAGAUUCCUUUCCACUAAAGGUUCGUGGCAUCCACUUGAUUAAUGAGCCUUUAUUUUUCCACCCCGUCUUCAGUCUAAUUAAACCUUUCCUCACUGAAAAAAUAAAGGAACGGGUACACAUGCAUGGAAGCAAUUACAUACAGAGCCUGACUCAACACUUUCCAGCCAGCAUUCUCCCACAGGAAUAUGGAGGGGAGGAAGUCUCCAUUGAAGACCUUGCUCAGGAGUGGACUGACUUUAUAAUGGAAUCCACAGAGUAUCUUCAGAGUAUUUCUCUUGUUUCCCGGUGAACCAAACAUACAAAAAUAACGUCUCAGUUUUUAGAUUGCUCAUUAAAAUAGAGAGCAGCAGUUAGUUCCUUGCAUUCAGCUGCAAUCAGAAAAAAAUGUAAUCAGACAUCUUUCAUGGAAAUUUGAAAUGAUUGUAAACAAGACAUUGGGAGCUGUAAUGCCCCAGUGACUGCCUUCUUAUGUUAGCGUGAAGAGAUCAAGUAUUUACAUCUCUGGACUAAAAGUUUCAUGAGUUUCACAUUCAGUGGGAUAAUAUGCACUACUGUUUGUAACAGAUUAAAUUAUAUGCCUAGAGGCUGUAUAAUGCUACAUGUAGGAUAUUGCAGAGAUCAAUAUUCUUCUAGCUAUGUCCUCAUGGAGCACUAAUCUGUGAUGGUUCAAUAUAGACCAUAUGCUUAGCUCUUGCAUUAAGACUCAUCAAGUUGAUGAGGGGCAAAGAUAAAGAGCCAAAUGAUUCCAAGAACUGCAGAGCCAUCCUGAUUAGAGCAAAAGAGUUUGGCUUGGAUGCAGGAUUAUACAAAGCAGUGAUUUUUUUUCUCAGGGCUCUGUCUAUCUGAAGGGGGCAGAGAGGGGAUGGUUUUUGGACUGAUUCUCAGGGAAACUGAUUUUCGUUCAGUUUGCCCAGCUGGGCCUGCACAAUUUGGAUGGUGUUUAGUCUGCAGUGGUGGAACACUGCUGUGCCAUCCGCUGCAAUGAGCAGCUCCUAUCUGUGGAAAUACUUGAGAUGAUAAUCUAACACUGUGGAGGGAGAAUGGGGAAAUGAAACUUCAAUGCUGUGAAAAGACAAUGUAAAUCAGAAAGCAGGAGGUAUAAAUAAAUACAAAUUUGAAAACUGA